AGUUGCGAAGAUGGGCAGAUCUGUUUCUUAUCGCACCUCUUGAUGCUAAUACUAUGGCUAAACUUUCUCAUGGAAUAUGUGAUAACUUAUUGGUAAGGGAAAAACCAUGAGCCUUGCCCUUGUUCAAUGAAACUAAACUUCGUUUCUUCUAUAAAUCUAAACCAACUGUUUAAUAUACUUGAUAGCAGAAUAAGUCCUAAACUGUUCUUCAUUGAGGUCUGGUACGUUAUUUCUUUUGGUCAUCUGUUCCUUGGGGAGAAAACCGUUGUAUGACUUUUACUCCAUAAACUUAUUUCGAUCAUAAUAUAUAUUACACCAUAUGUUUUUUAGACAAGCGUAGCGAGAGCCUGGGAUCCAUCGAAACCAUUCUACUACUGCCCAGCAAUGAACACUCACAUGUGGCAACAUCCAUUGACACAAGAACAGCUUGAAAAACUUCAGUCUUUAAAAUACAUUCAAAUUCCUCCGAUCUCCAAAACCCUGGCGUGUGGCGAUUGUGGUAAGUCUGGCAGAAUCAAAUCGUAUAAAAUUACAUACCUACAAAGCAACAAUCUUGGACAAACUGUCAAUGAAAUAGAUCCGAAGUUAUAGUAAAAACACUUUCUGCCGGAAGAAAAAUCCACUAGAUAGUGUAAACGCACUUCUGCCUGGCCUAUAGGCCAGGAAAUCUGGGCCCAUCAGAACAGGUGGCCUAGGUUUCCUGGCCUAUAGGCCAGGAAAAACUGCGUUUACACUAUAAAAAUCUAGUCCAAAGCUAGGCCUACUCCAGGCUUAGUCUCGUAGUGUAAACACGGCUCAAUUCACUGAGCUUUACGAAUUUCUUAUUUAUUGAUAGGUAUUGGUGCUAUGGCUGACGUUUCAACAAUUAUCGAGAUAGUUCGGGGGAAAGUCGAUGCGACACAAGGACUCCUAGUGUAAAACACAAAUACAGUGAAAAAUUGAUUAUUUUAUCAGUGACAACAACACAGAAGUGUGAUAAACCAAUUGCACCACUCCACCCCUUAUGUAGGGGAAAUUAACAAUUCCAGAUAUACAGUUUGAUUUCGUACGUGAUGCCAUGGCUUGCAUCUCAUGUGACAGUUGUGAACACAAGUGCGUCAUGGGCGUACAUAGGACCUAGUAAUCCGACAACAACAUGUCCGCACACACACAUUCUAGCACAAGCUUUGUGUUAUAUCCAGUGCAUGUAAUAAUAAUAAUAAUAGAAGCAUUUAUUUGAACACGAUGGUAUGUGAUCCUCAAGCACUAGUGCAUGUGACCGCGACCGUACUUAUUAAAUAGCGAUGAAUAUAAUCUUUUUAUUAUUACUCUUUAUUUUACGAAUUAUUAUUAUUAUUAUUAAAACUUUAUUUACACACGGAGUCCAUUUCGCAAAAUGUGCUCUUCCAUGGAGCUGUACACAUUAAAAAUAUCUACAUAAUACUGUUACAAUUACAAAUUACAAC